AAUAUUCUUUACCACUCUGAUACUCAAUUGUAUGUGUGCACAUUAAAAUGCAGCAAGUAGUUUUUAUCAUAACAUACUGUGUUUGCUUUUUGUCAGCAUGUCAAAUAACAAUAUCCGGUGGAAAGUUAAAUUCAAAUGUCUGUAAAGGGUACCGAAGGCUGGAAUCCAAGGUUGAUAUCCUCACAACGAAGCUUGAUCGUAGUCUUCAUCUGCUGAAGAAAAUUAACGAACAAACUAUAGACAGAAGGCCUAACAAUGGUGUUAUUAGGAACGUUGCUCUGAAUAAAAGAAUCCAACAAAGUUCAUGGCUUGCUAAUACAAGUUCCUGGGGAAACUAUAUUUGCUGUGCAGUUGAAUAUGCGAACGAUGGAAAUGCAACCACAUUCUCACAUACAAACAUGGAUAACUCUCCGUACUUGUGGGUAGAUCUUGGUCGUGUGUAUGAUAUAAAGCGGAUUGAAAUUAUAAACAGAUCAGAAAGUUAUGGUCAUCGUCUUCAUGACGUGGAUAUCACAGUUGGACGAACCUUGAACGAAUUGUCCUUAUGUGCACACUAUAAAGGUCCAGGAAGAACCGGGCAGCAUCUUGUUUUUCAGUGAAACCA